CUCUGUUAUCCGCGCAACGGUCGUGGUUUCGUAACCUCGGCGGGGGGACGACAGCGCACAGCCGACGUUGGCGAACUAUUGGUGAGGCAGCCGACGUGAGGUGAAGGGAAAGCCGCGUUGCCGCCAUGGACAUCUACGACGUGUACCGACCGAUCUUCCUGCUGUGCCGCGCCCUGGGGCUGGCUCCCAUGCGGAUGCGGAGGGCACAGUCGACGGGCAGAUGGGAGCUGCGCUUCUCCGCGCUCGCAUACACCUACAGCGUGGGGCUGGUCGCGUUGACCAUACCACUGAUGCUGGCCGGCGUGGUCGACGACUUCCAGAGCAUGCACUCCAAGCGCAAGAACAUCCGCAUCAAGAACACCACCUCGGCAGUCGUCACCUUCGUGGACGUGCUCAGCAUGGGUCUGACGGCGGCCACUGUGGUGCUGCACUCUGCCCGCCAGAGCGGCCGGCUGGGGCGGCUGCUGGAGAAGGCAGCCGCUGUGGAGCGCUACCUGGGGCCUGGCCGCCUGCCGCGCAGGCUGGCACAGUGCAUUACCUGUGGCACGCUCGCACACAUGCUGCUCCUCUUGGCAUACGACGCGUGGUGCUGGCAGGCCCUGACCGGCCAUGACCACUUCCUGCCCAACUACUACCCCCUGUAUGUGCAGCACAUACUGGUAGCGGCGUUCGAGCUGCACUUUGUGGUGGUGAGCUGGUGCCUGCAUUCCAACUUCCUGCAUCUCAACCAGCAGUUGGCAGCCCUGCAGGCUCGUGUGACUCGACCGCUGCCCCACCUGCCACUGGUGCCACCAUCAUUCAGGCAACGCGUGGCCGACUGCCACAACAGUGCCUACAAAGGCAGAAGUGACCCGCGGAGGCUGAGCGACCUGCACGCGGAGCUGUGCGAGGCGGUGCAGCUGUCCAACUCGGCCUGGGGCACGCCCCUGCUGGCGGACGUGCUCAGGAUCCUGCUGCACCUCACCAUCACGCCCUACUUCUUCCUGGUCGACCUGCUCUACGGCUCGCAAGACCCCAGGUUCCUGGUGCUGCAGGCGCUGUGGACGCUGACGCACGCCUGCAAGCUGGUGCUCAUCGUGCAGCCGUGCUCCGCCACUCACGCCGAGGCAAGGCGAACUGGAUAUUUGGUGUCCAAACUACUGAAUCAAAAAAUGGAGCCAAACACCAAGAAACAGGUAGCUCACAUGGUUCAUCAUACAUUUAGUCACAACUACAAAACCACAGCACAAUAUUAGGGCUAUAAAAAUAGGUCACAACCAAAAAAAAUCAUUCCAAAAUCUUUUAAAUUUCAAUCUACUUAGUGACCAAGUCAAAGCAAGAUGGUGCAAUAAUAUUACACUGGAGGGCCCAGGUUUGAAUCCCAACCCCUUCCAUUUAUUCCAGACAAAUGCCAGGAUGGAAAAUCUUUAGAAAUAUCCCUGCCUAUGUUGAGUGUUUCCAUCUCUAUGACAGCCUUGUUGAAUAGAUGUAGCACACAGCAGUAAGUUGAUAAGUAAUCAAAACUAAACAUAUAUACAAAAUUUAUUAUUUUAUUAAUAACCAGUCACAGCAUGAUACAGACACUGACAAGCUACAGUUGAGAUGUCACUUGCAGCACAGCCCUCUUCUGUCCAUCGUCCUAUAGAAACCAAACCCCCCUUCCGGUAAGUAUUUAAACUAUAAACUAAGUGUUGACCAUGAGCACACAAUCACCAUCAUAAAUACACAAUAACAAACAAUGCGAUCAUUACAAAAGGUGAUAUGCAACAACUUCACUUGGUGAAGUCAUAGUAAUAAUUACAACUUUUAAAUCACUUAAGAAAACUGGUAUUACAAUGAUUACAAUACAAAUUCUCCUUGCAAUUGUGAAGCUCAAAAGCUAAUAUUUUACGUAGUUCAAACCUUCAUCACUAGUAUUUUUUUUUUUUACCUUUUUAAUGACACAAUAAUGAUAUAUUAUUUUGUAAUAAUCAUGUUGAAUCAGCUCAAUAAAGUUAAGGUUUGUUUGUAGGAAGUAUUUAGACUGAUUUCAGUCGUUUAAGCAAAAUUAAAUAUAUGUACAUAUACAAA